AACCUAACAUAUUGUUUGAGGAAAGCAGUUUUAAAAAACAGAAAUCAUUUGAUCAAACAUUCAAACCAAGAAAAGAGUUUGCAAAUAUCUAAGACUGCAGCUUUACAAUCCGCUUGAUAUGGUCAUUAAAAUCUUUCAUACUAUAGUCAUUCAUUAGCAUAGCAGAGGGCUAGAGGCUACAAUGAAAUUUCGUUUGUUACUCCAAUCAACGACCAUACAGAAAAACUCCUUCCAAUUCCACAGAUGCUGUUUACUGGAUUGACCUUUAAAUAUAAUUACUAACCGAACCUUAAAACAGUAGCUCUGUGGCGGAUAAUAACCGUUGAAAAUCCCCAAUUUUGGUAGUAGAGAGUGUGAGGUGAAGAGCGCGCAUGAUGGCAAUGGCCUGUGUACGAAAAUUCCGAUUCACGAGGCCUCUUUUUCAUCUUCAAUGGCGCUAUUAUUCUCUGCAAACUAAAAGCGAAAGGCCUACAUUUGGCAUUGCAUUUGACAUCGAUGGAGUUAUGCUGCGUGGACGGAAUGUUAUUGGAGGAGCUACCCAGGCAUUGCGACGCCUCUUUAAAGAUCCCUCCAAUCCCACUGAACUACGAGUGCCUUUUGUGUUCUUGACAAAUGGUGGUGGUUUGCGAGAAUCAGAAAGGGCUAUUGAGUUGAGCAAUCUCCUUGGUGUGUACAUCAAGUCAUGCCAGGUUUUGCAGGGUCAUACACCAUUUCGAAAGCUUGUGAAUAGAUUUGGAGAUGAGCUGGUCCUUGCUGUAGGAAAGGGUGAACCAGCUAAUGUGAUGUCUGAAUAUGGUUUCAGGAAGGUUGUUUCUAUGGAUGAGUAUGCAUCUUCUUUCGUCAACAUUGAUCCUUUGGCUCAAUAUAAGUCCUGUGCAAAUCAACUUUCAUCGCACAAUAAGGAUCUCCUUUCACAGUUGGAAGGUGAUGUUGAUAUAACUAACACACAUGUCCAUGCAGCAUUUGUUGUUAGUGAUCCCAUUGAUUGGGGCAGAGAUAUACAGGUGCUAUGUGAUGUUUUAAGGUCUGGUGGUCUGCCUGGAAAGAGUGGUGGUCAUCAACCACCUUUGUUUUUUGCAGCAGAUGACCUCGAAUAUCAGGCAGCAUUUCCUACUGUAAGACUUGGGAUGGGAGCAUUUCGAAUUGCUCUUGAGAGCAUAUUUAAUAGGAUUCAUCAUAGUGCUUUGACAUAUACGUCAUUUGGGAAACCAAAUGCUACUGUAUUCAAAGAUGCCGAGAUUGUUUUACAGAAAAUUUCAUCUUCUAUUGGCUCAGAAACAACUGAUCAUCCUAAGAUUUCAAAUGCUGAAAACUUCCCAACUCAUGAAAUAAAAUCUCUUUAUAUGAUAGGAGAUAACCCUCCAGUUGACAUAUUUGGUGCUCGACAGGCAGGCCUACCUUGGUUUUCUAUUCUUACAAGAACUGGAUGUUUCAGUGGGGAAGGUAACCAUGCAGAUUUUCCGGCUGAUUUGGUAGUUGAUACUGUUGAAGAUGCAAUUGAUUAUAUUUUGAAAAAACAUUCAAAGGAAUAUUUAUAGGAAGAACAUUGUUUGAAAUUCAUUUGAGAAAGAUGACUAUAUUUUCUCAAUGUAAUAUUUUGUAUUGAAGUCUUCUCGUUUCAUUUUAAAGCUUGAUUAAUUAUUAAGUUAUUGUGUUAUGUAUUUCAUUGAACAUUACUGAUAUAGAAAAACACUCAAUUUAAAUUUGGAAACUAAUGUAAUUAGUGAAUCAAUUUGAAUGGCAUUAACAAUAAAUGAAAUUAUUUGAUUACCAAA